AACACACAUCGACAUCUCUCAUAUCCGUGUACUGUUGCUUCUUGCUUGGAUAGAAAGCAUCUAAUUUUCACUCUACAGGUUUCCUGUACGCUAGACUGAACAUUUUAACCCGAGAACUUGUAUGAAAAGUGCCAUGGCUGUAGAAGGAGGAGCAAAAUGUGUCAAAUACCUUCUCUUUUUCUUUAAUUUCAUCUUCUGGCUGUGUGGCCUGGCCUUAAUAGUUCUGGGGACAUUGGUCCACGUUUCAUUCCUCAACACUGCCAUAAUCAAAGAAUACUCUGGCUCUCCUCUAGUGCUGAUAAUAGUGGGAGUCAUCAUCUUCUUCAUCGCAUUCUUUGGCUGCUGUGGGGCCUGGAAGGAGAGUCAGUGCAUGAUCACCGUGUUUGCUGUUCUUCUCUCCCUCAUCGUCAUCAUUGAAAUUGGAACCGCCAUCGCUGGAUAUGUCUUGGGCGGGAAACUGCCUGCUACUCUGGAGAAAGGCUUCAAGGUCAUGAUCACAGAAUACAACAAAACCAAAGAAGACCGUGACGCCGUCGAUGCUAUACAGAAGCAGUUCAAGUGCUGUGGAGGAAACUCCUCUCAAGAUUGGGUGAACUUCACCAGCUCUCACACAACGGUCCCAGACUCCUGCUGUAUAAAUGUCACCAAGGACUGUGGUAUUGGAGCUAUUCACGAUGCCAAAAAAAUCUACACAGAUGGAUGUAAUCUCAUUUUGGAGAAACUUCUAAAGGAAAAUAUUUUGUGGUUUGCUGUGGGAGCUCUGGUCGUUGCGUUUGUGCAGAUCACGGGGAUUGUGUUGGCCUGCAUUCUGAUGCAAGCCAUCCGCAGCGGCUAUGAGGUCAUGUGAUCACGUCCAGUCACUUAAAGCUCUUAGAGACUAUUCAGUUUUUUUUUUUUUACCAUUAUAUAAAUGCUAAUUAUUUUCCCUCUUUCUGUGUAAAUUGACAAUACACAUUUUCACUGAGAAUGAAAUAUCUAUGAUAUAUUUUUCUAUGACUAAUCCAGUAGAUUAGUCUCCUGUUAAGUCUGAUUUAUUCUUAAGUAUUCUGUCUUUACUACCAUGUUGACAUUCCUUUGGGUAACAGGACAACAAUGAAUUACUGAAAUGCCAAAUUUUAUACAUUUACAGAACAUUGUCAAAUAAAAGAAUGAAAUGUU